AUGGGGAGGAAGAAAUCUUAUAAGUGUGAGGUAUGUAAGAAGUCAUUUAAAGGAAGCACUCAUUUAAAGUACCAUAGGUUAACCCACACAGGAAAAAAACCUCAUAAGUGUGAGGUGUGUAACUGGUCAUAUGUAACAGAGACUGAAUUAAAUGUACAUGCUCGUAUUCACCCGCGAGAAAAACCUGUAUGUCAAGUGUGCCAUAAAUCAUUUGCUACAAAAUGUUAUUUAAAUGUGCAUAAGCUUAUUCACACAGGGGAAAAACCUCAUAAAUGUAAAUUGUGUAAUAAGUCAUUUACUCAAAAGUAUGGAUUAAUUGUGCAUAUGUUUAGACAUGCAGAAAAGAAACCUCAUGUGUGUGAGGUAUGUAACAGGUCAUUUGCAACAAAUGUGGAUUUAAACUACCACAUGUUUAAACACAAAGGAGAAAAACCUUAUAAGUGUGAGGUGUGUAACAAGUCAUAUAUACGAAAUGUAGAUCUAUACUACCACAUGUUUAAACAUACAGGAGAAAAACCUUACAAGUGUGAGGUGUGUAACAAGUCAUUUACAAUAAAGAGUCUUUUAAAGAAACAUUCUCUUAUUCACACAGAAGAAAAACCUCUUACAUGUGAAGUGUGCAAUAAAUCAUUUAUUGAUAAUUGUACAUUAAAAUCGCAUAUGCGUUUGCAUCCAGAAAAUAAACCCUUUGUGUGUGAGGUAUGUAACAAGUCAUUUACACGAAAAGCAGGUUUAGAUUACCACAUUUUUACCCACAAAGAAGAAAAACCGUAUAAGUGUGAGGUGUGUAACAAGUCAUUUGUACUAAAGUAUCUUUUAAACCAACACUGUCUUAAUCACACAGGCAAAAAGCCUCAUACAUGUAAUGUAUGUAAAGUAUCAUUCAAUCAAAAGGGUGCUUUAAAUUCACAUAUGCGUAUCCACACUGAGAAACCUCAUGUGUGUGAGGUAUGUGACGAAUCGUUUAGACGAAAAACUGAGUUAAAGCACCACAUGGAUAUUCACGCACAAGAGACACCAACAGAACUUUAUAUAUGUGAUGUGUGUAACAAAUCAUUUGGAAAUGAGAUUCUUUUGAAGGCACAUGCUAUUGUUCACACAGAAGAGAAUCCUUAUGUUUGUAAUGUAUGUCAGCGAUCAUUCAGUCAAGAGUGUUUUUUAAAUAAGCAUAAGGAUAAUGCACACACAGUUCAUGUGUGCGAGGUAUGUUACGACUCAUUUAGACGAAAAGCUGAUUUAAAACUGCACAUGUUUUCUCAUACAGGAGAGAAGCCUCAUACAUGUGAGGUGUGUAACAAGGUAUUUACGAAGAAAGGUAAUUUGACGCAGCAUUCUUUAAUUCACACAGCAGAGAAACCUCAUGUGUGUAAUAUAUGUCAACGAGGAUUCAGUCGAAAGAGUUAUUUAAAUGUGCAUAUGCGUAUGCACGCUGAAAAACCUGGUGCAAGUAAUUUAGACUGGUGUGAGGAGUUAUUAGAUAUGUUAUAA